UCUCUCAACACCCAGUCAUUUUUAUCUUUGGUAGACUAUUUUGGAAUGGCAAACCGCCCGCGUACAGUUUUAAUCACAGGUUGCUCCAAGGGCGGUAUUGGACACUCUCUUGCUUGCUCAUUUCAUGAUGCAGGGCUGCUUGUUCUUGCCACGGCUCGUGAGUUAAGCUCCAUGGAAGACUUGGCGACGCGAGGAAUCAAAACCUUCACUCUCGAUGUCACGUCGCCGGAAGACAUCCAGAGAGUGCGACAACAAGUCGAGGAGCUCACUGGACAUGGGCUAGACUUUCUAGUAAACAAUGCAGGCAAGAACUGCACCGUUCCUUGUGUCGAUAUUGCGGAUGACGAUAUACAAUCUACUUUUGAGACAAAUAUAUUCUCCGUGAUGCGAAUGGUUAGAGAAUUCACCCCUCUACUCAUUCAAGCCAAGGGAACUAUCAUAAACAUCGGCUCAGUGGCCGCCGUUAUUCCUUAUGUUUUUAGCGGUAUCUAUAACGCAUCAAAGGCUGCACUUCAUGCUUACAGCAACACUUUGCGACUUGAAUUAGCCCCGUUCGGUGUUAAAGUAAUGAUUGUGGUUACAGGAGGUGUGAAAAGCAGAAUAACCCGGACUAAACGGACGCUCGGAGAGGAUAGCAUAUAUCUACCUAUUUCCGAUGCCUUUGAACGCCGGGUUACACACUCACAAGAGGGUGCUAUGAAAAAUGAAGAUUAUGCUCGCUCCGUUGUCAAUCGGGCUUUACAUGUGAAUCCUCCCCGUUGGCUUUGGCAAGGGAACAAAUCAUGGAUCAUAUGGUUUUUGGACUCAUUUUUUCCUAGGAGCAUCUGGGACUGGAUACUGCCUUCUUUGUUCGGACUCACUCGGCUAUACAAAAGGGAUCAUCGCUCAUGAAUAAACAUCCAACAGAGUCGAAUAUAGACAGAAUGUCAUAUGAAUCAUCGGUGUCUGCUCUCAUCAUUAUUGUUUGCCGAUUUCAGGUUCAGUAAACGAAGAAAAUGGAGUGUAAGGUUUCAUGUAUGUCCUUUCCCACCAGCAGAUUGUAUUCAAAGUGUUAGAUCAAAUGAAGGUGAACCAUGACAAAAGAGAGGUGC